AUGCCGACUGCAGAAGCUCCAGAAGAGAGGCUGAGGAAAUUUAAAUAUCGAGGCAGAGAUGCAUCUAUGAUGCGACAACAGCGGAUAGCAGUCAACGUGCAGCUCCGAAAGGCCAAGAAAGAGGAGCAGGUCUUGAAGAGAAGAAACAUCAAUUUCUGCUCUGACCCAGCUUCUGGAGAAGAGACCAAAGGGGUCAGGCUCACGCUGGAAGAAAUAAUCAGGGGUGUGAAUGCCUCAGAUCCCAUCGUGUGUUUCCAGGCCACCCAGGCAGCCAGGAAAAUGCUGUCCUGGGCCAAGAACCCUCCUCUAAAACAGUUUGUUGAUGCAGGGCUCAUUCCAAAGCUGGUGGAGUUACUGACGUCACCAUUUCAUCCCAGUUUGCAGUUUGAGGCAGCAUGGGCUCUGACCAACAUUGCUUCAGGGACUUCAGAGCAGACGCAAGCUGUUGUGGAAGGGGGUGCCGUCAAGCCCUUGGUUGAGCUCCUGUCUUCCUCCAACCUAACUGUGUGUGAACAGGCAGUGUGGGCCCUUGGUAAUAUAGCAGGUGAUGGCCCAGAAUUCAGAGACUCUGUUAUCUCAAAUAACGCCAUCCCACGUCUACUGGCCCUGAUUUCAUCAACCACACCAAUCACAUUUCUGCGGAACAUCACAUGGGCCCUGUCCAACCUGUGCCGAAACAAGGACCCGGACCCCAGCCAGGAAGCCGUGGACCAAAUGUUGCCCGUCCUCUCCCAGCUCCUGCAGCACCACGACAACGAGGUGCUCUCGGACACCUGCUGGGCUCUGUCCUACCUCACUGAGGGCUGCAGCGAGCACAUCGACCAGGUGGUGGACAUGGGGGUGCUGCCCAGGCUGGUUCAGCUCAUGGCCAGCUCGGAACUCAAUGUCUUGACCCCUUCCCUCCGCACCGUGGGGAACAUUGUCACGGGAACCGAUCACCAGACCCAACUGGCCAUUGACGCGGGAAUACUGAGGGUGCUGCCCCGGCUCCUGUUGUACCCCAAGUCCUCCAUCCAGAAGGAGGCAGCCUGGACCCUGAGCAAUGUGGCCGCAGGGCCGCAGCAACACAUCCAGGAGCUGAUUGACUGCAACGUCCUGCCUCCCAUGUUGGCGCUGCUGAAAAACGGAGAGUUUAAAGUCCAGAAAGAAGCUCUCUGGAUGGUGGCUAACUUGACAAACGGGGGCACCGUGGACCAGAUGAUCCACCUUGUUCAUUCUGGAGUCUUGGAGCCGCUGGUGAACCUGCUCACCGUCCCGGACACCAGAUUUGUUAUCAUCAUCCUUGAUGUCAUCUCUUUUCUCCUCCAGGCAGCAGAGACGCUUUCUAAGAAGGAAUACCUGUGUCUUCUGAUCGAGGAACCUGGUGGGGUUGACAGAAUCAAAACCUUGCAAUUUCAUGAGAACCAUCGUGUGUCCAUGACUGCUCUGAACAUCAUUGAGAGCUACUUCUCUGAGGAAGAAGAAGUUGGCCCAAUAUUACAAUCCUUGGACCAAGAUCAUGAAUGCAUAAAGCAUUUAAUAUAA